AUGGAGGGAGACGAGAAGCUGCGCUUACUAAAAGGAGAAACACGGUCAUACGCUGGAAUCCCUGGCAAUGAAUUUCUGGGUCCUGUGUUCACCUAUGUGUCAGACUUGAAUGGCAUUGAACUGGGUCACCAAGGGAAUAAACACUGUCACUCCAAUCGGGCCCAGGAGGACUGGCAAAGCACAGAAAAGGAACGGGCCAGGAGGAAGCUUUAUGUGGCGUCAGUUAUCUGCCUGCUGUUCAUGAUUGGAGAGGUUGUAGGUGGUUACAUUGCACACAGUUUGGCAAUCAUGACAGAUGCUGCUCACCUUCUGACAGAUUUUGCAAGCAUGAUGAUAAGUUUAUUUGCUCUUUGGAUGUCUUCUCGUCCAGCCACAAAAACUAUGAAUUUUGGCUGGCAUCGGGCAGAAAUCCUGGGAGCCCUCCUAUCUGUCCUUUCCAUCUGGGUAGUAACUGGAGUCUUGGUGUAUUUGGCUGUGGAACGAAUCAUUUCAGGAAACUAUGAAAUUGAAGGAGAAGCAAUGCUAAUCACCUCUGGCUGUGCAGUAGCUGUUAAUAUCAUAAUGGGAUUAACACUGCAUCAAACUGGACAUGGACACAGUCAUGGAGGAGUAAAUUCACACUCUCAUUCACACUCUCAUUCACACAGCCACGGAGAACUAAAUAAUCCCAGUGUCCGAGCUGCCUUCAUUCAUGUCGUAGGAGAUUUACUGCAAAGUCUUGGUGUCCUUGUUGCUGCCUAUGUCAUUUAUUUCAAGCCAGAGUAUAAAAUCAUAGACCCCAUUUGCACGUUUCUAUUCUCUGUCCUAGUUUUGGGAACAACCUUGGCCAUUCUCAGAGAUGUCCUUCUUGUGCUCAUGGAGGGUACUCCUAAAGGCGUGGACUUCAACAUGGUAAAGGACACGCUGCUUUCUAUAAAUGGAGUGAAAGCUCUUCACAGCCUCCAUAUCUGGGCUCUUACAGUGUCCCAGCCUGUCCUCUCUGUUCACAUAGCAAUAAAUGAAGAUGCAAACUCUCAGAUGGUACUGAAAGAGGCCAGUUCUCACCUUCAGAGCAAAUUCCAUUUCCACACGACUACGAUCCAGAUAGAAAAUUAUUCAGAAGAUAUGAGAGAUUGUCAAGAGUGUCAGGAUCCAACAGACUAAGGAUUAUUUGGACCAUACACUAUGUACAUGAAGUGGUAUUCAGCUGAACAUGGAGCUAAGAACCGUCUCCUCUGUGAGUGCUCCUAAGCAGAUGACGUCAUGCAGUCUUCAUCAUGAGGGUGCAUAGCUUGUCUGAGGAUUCUGCAGAGGACAGAACUGUACUUGGGAUACUGUUAGUUAUCAUCCAAGAUCUUUCUUGUACUGGUUUACUCCAGAAGAUCAGUAGCGACAACCAACUGUGGUCAGGGUGCUUUUUGUUUCCCACACUUUGCAGACUUUUGCACAUAAUUAAGG